GCAUGAAGGGAGGGGGGGGGGUGCAGGACCAGACAGGACCGCCACCAUGUCGAAAGUCGUCAUCAACAAGGAGAAGAAAUCCUUCAGCAAGAAGCUGUUCCGGCGGAGCUCGGUGCGCUCCGUGGGCAGCUUCAUGAACAGAGUCCUCCGGACCCUGUCCACGCUGUCCCACUUCGGCACCGACGAGCAGGCCGCCGAGGACGAGAAGGACGACUCCUCUCUGGUCCCGAGCACCACCGGGGGCUCCGUGCCGUCGGACGACAGCGACUGCGGGGGGUUCCCGUUCGGCGACAAGGUGCCGGGGGUCGCCGGGCUCAAGAACCACGGCAACACCUGCUUCAUGAACGCCAUCCUGCAGUGCCUGAGCAACACGGAGCUCUUCGCGGAGUACCUGGCCCUGGAGCAGUUCAGAGGGGGGGAGACGACCGGCGGCGGCGGCGGCGAGCGGGCCAAGCCCAACGGGGUGCUGGUGCAGAAGAAGGGGAGCCAGCAGCAGGACUCCGGGGAGGUGACCGAGCAGCUGUCCGGCCUGGUUCGGGCUCUGUGGACCUUCGAGUACACGCCGCAGCACAGCAGAGACUUUAAGAAUGUGGUGUCCAAGAGCGCCCUGCAGUUCAAGGGUAACUCCCAACACGACGCACAGGAAUUCCUCCUCUGGUUGCUUGAUAGAGUUCAUGAAGACCUCAACCACAUCAUCCAGCCGGACAUCAGACCCCCCAGCAAGCCUCCCGUAGAGGAGGAAAGCGCCCCUGAAGGAUCUCCUCUUCCAGCACCUGGCUCGUUCGUACAGGAGCUGUUUCAGGCGCAAUACAGGUCCUCCCUGACGUGCCCUCACUGCCAGAAACAGAGCAACACCUUUGAUCCGUUCCUCUGCAUCUCACUGCCAAUCCCAGUACCUCACACCCGGCCGCUGUAUGUGACAGUGGUGUACCAGGGGAAAUGCUCCCACUGCAUGAGGGUCGGCGUGGCCGUGCCUCUUUCUGGCACCGUGUCCAGGCUGAGACAAGCUGUGGCCCAAGAGACCAAAAUCCCUUCCCAACAGAUCGUCCUCACUGAGAUGUACUUUGACGGCUUCCAUCGCUCCUUCUGCGACGACGACGACGACCUCGAGAUCAUUCAGGAGAGCGACUCCAUCUUUGCCUUCGAAACGCCCGAGCUAUUCAGACCGGAGCAGAUCCGCUCCAAGCGAAGCGGGAGCCCACAUGCAAAUCUCAACCAGAACAACCUAAAGUACGGCACAGACAAUAACCGGAUAUCCACGCAGAUACAAGAGCCCACAACUCCGCCUCAGAGUCCCAACAAGAACAGUGAACAGGCCGAGAAGAUCGUGCUGCUGGUGUGCAACCGAGCCUGCGCCGGACAGCAGGGACGCAGGUUCGGCAAUCCAUUCAUUCUGUAUCUGGAGCGCACGGUGACGUGGGACGUACUUCAGAAAGAGAUCCUGGAGAAGAUGCGGCACCUUUUGCGCCCGGGAGUCCUUGCGCAGGUAGGACCCUUCACUUUGCGUGUGGUAGGAGUGGUGGGAAUCACAUACCUCCUGCCUCAGGAGGAGCAGCCGCUCUGCCAUCCCUCCGUGGAGAGGGCAUUCAAGUCCUGCGGCCCCGGAGGGCCACCGCAUGUCAAGAUUGUCGUCGAGUGGGACAAAGAGACGAAAGACUACCUGUUCAAAAGAACUGAGGACGAAUACAUCCCAGACGCUGAAAGUGUGCGUCACGCAAAGGAGCAGCACCUCCAGCCUCAGACCUGCUCACUGGCCCAGUGCUUUCAGCUGUACACCAAAGAGGAACAGCUCGCUCCUGAUGACGCGUGGCGAUGUCCACACUGCAAGCAGCUUCAGCAGGGCAGCAUCAAGCUCAGUCUGUGGACGCUGCCCGACAUCCUCAUACUGCACCUGAAACGCUUCAGACAGGACGGAGAUCGGCGAAUGAAGAUGCAGAACAUGGUGAGGUUCCCGCUGAUAGGCAUGGACAUGGCCCCCCACAUGGUGAAGAGGAGCCAGAGCAGCUGGAGUCUUCCCUCUCACUGGUCGCCAUGGAGACGACCGUACGGCAUGGGCCGGGACCCGGAGGACUACCUGUAUGACCUGUACGCGGUGUGUAACCAUCACGGGACCAUGCAGGGAGGACAUUACACGGCUCACUGUAAGAACUCUAUAGAUGGACAGUGGUAUUGCUUCGACGAUAGCGACGUUCAGCCCUUAUCUGAAGACGCAGUCUGCAAGCAGACAGGUUACAUCUUGUUUUAUCAACGACGUGCCACCAUUCCAUCCUGGUCCGCCAACAGUUCUGUGGGAGGAUCCACCAGCUCCUCCCUGUGUGAGCACUGGAUCGGCCGGCUGAUGGGAAGCCGUCCACCGAGUCAGGCCUCGUCCGGGUCCUCCAGGCGCACGUCGCUGGCCUCCCUCUCUGAGUCUGCCGAGUUCGCCGGUGAACGGAGCGAGGACGACGGCUUGUCGAGCCGGCCGGCAGUGCGGGGCAUGCAGAGACAGACGUUCUCCUCGAGAUCCUCCAUCGCCAGCCCGCUGGUGCUCAGCGAAAACAGCGGCAAACCAUCCUGGUCCCACUCUGCUAAGCUCCAGCUGCGGUCCAACUCUCCCUCGCGCUUCUCCCUGGAAUCCCACUCCUCGUCCCCGACGCUGGAGAUGAUAGGAGAGGUGGCUGACACCAAGCUGUCCCCCAAGCUGGACAAGUCUUCGGGCGGGAAGUCGGCCCUCGCAGCUUUGGAUAGUAAGAGGCUGGCGGAGCAGGUUCCCUCCAAGGCGGCUGCUCAGGCAGAGCAGCAGAGCGGCGCCCCGCCGGGAGAAGACAACGCCGCGGCCGGUGCUGCCGAGCAGGUCAGUCCCCGACACGGGGCGGCCGCCAAGGAUCCGAAACCGAGGAACGGGUCAGCGGAUAGCGCCUGCGCUAAAAGGACCUCAGCCAGUCCCAAGAAGCGCCCCGCGACGUCCUCGACGUCCUCCAGCUCACUGUCUCCCGCGUCCCCGGCCGUUGACAAGUCACCGCCUCGAGCUCAGGCCAAGAGUGCAGCGUCAGCGACGUCCUCCAAGGACAAGAGCGACGGGCCGGCGAAAACCGGCAAGGGCGGUUCCUCGAGGACGGCGACCCCCUUGAAGAAAGGGUCGUCCCAAACCACGGAGGUGCUGCGCCCCGACUCCGCCCAACAGAGGAGUGGUUCUCCGGGAUCACAAAGCUCCCAUCCUCAGAAGAAGACGUCACCCAGGGGCGAGAAAAGCUCGGUCUCAGCAAGGACUAAAGGGGCGGACCGGAGCGCCAGCCGCGAAUCUUCGCGGAAUAACGUGGUCUCAGAGAAGAAGGUCAACCACGGCGGGCCUCCGCGGCCGAGCGCCGCCAGCCGAGCGGAGGGGCGACCGGGCCGCGCGGCGGAGAACAGGGCGGCCGGCCGCAGCUCCAGCAGCAGCUCCUCCGUGACCAGCCUCCGAUCCUCCAGCGUGGGCGUCCCCUCUGCGAGCGGAGCCCCCCCGUCACGGGGUCCGCAAAGGAACAGUAAGACAGAGGACAAAGGUUUGUCCUUCUUCAAAACCGCCCUGAGGACCAAGGAGACGCGCAAGGCAGCCGACGGCGGGAAGGCUGGGCCGGGCGAGGCCAGGGCGGGUCCGGAGGACGGCGCCGGGGACGGAUCUCGAGAGGGAGUCCAACAAGCGGCGGGCAAGAGUGUGGCUCCAGGGGCCCAGGCCAACGGGACCGCAGCCAAGGACAAGGAGUCCUCCAAGGUGUCCGCUGCAGCUAAGCACUCGCUGCCGCCCUCCGCAAGGUCCAAGCUCCCCGGGGCAGACGCGGCCCCCCAGGCCUCGGCCACCGGAAAGGACCCUUCGAAGAAAGAGCCCGCUAAAAAGACAAUGGCGUCCAGGAAGAUCCCCAUCAGCUCGACGCAAACUAGCCAGAGGGCCAAGUGACACUCUUUUAAAGGCCCGAUAACCGUCUCUGUAGUGCAGCUCUGAGGUGUUUCCACCAUCAAAAGAAACAUCUUUGAAGCACCUGUAGCUUUUCAGAGGUUACUGAAUACAAGCUGCCAAGCUGGACACCCACCGUCCGCAUUGUUAAAUAGUUAUUUAGGAAUGGGUUUUAAACGAAGCACUUUGUAUGGAUUGCAUUGAUUUUGAGGAAUAGUAUACUGUUUUCUGAAUAAGCAUGGACUGCACAUGUAUUGGAUUAUUGCCUUGUUCUGUCUGUAGCAUAGUUGGGAAAAGUACAUCUCAAUAGGAGGUGAAAAUAAAAGUGACUUUGCACAAGACGUAAAGCCGAAGGAAGCGGUGGGAGGACACAUCAAACACGGACAACUCAGUCACCAAAGGAAGUUUACUGGCAGUUUUUGACACGCUGAUACAGUGAAACACUGAAUUAUUUCCAAAACCCUUUUACGUGCGGCUCUCUGUCAAUGUUGAGAGCCGUACGUCAACAAACAGUGCCUCAGAUAAUCAACGUAUUUAAUCAGAAUUGUAUAACUGGAGGUGGAUUUAUAAUUCAAUUUUAAUAUUUAUCAAGCACUGAAAAUGUAAUUACGAGACACGCAGUUAAGCCUAUUUAAUGAUCCUUGAUGUAGUCAUUGUGCAGCCAGAAGCCGGACGGGGUGGAAGUGCAGGAAGGAAAGCAUGCGUUGUUGCUGUUAAAUGUCUGCAGACCUGCGGAUUGUGACGGGUUCCUAAAUGUCUGUGUUUUAUUUACCAGUAGCGACCUGUUUACCCCUCAGACGACCUCGCGGAGAUUCAGCCUCUUCAGACUGCCAGACGUCUCCCCAAAAAAAAAACAUUCCUCUCAGAUGAACACAGGGUUAAUGUGAAAAGCCACGGCGCCGCACGCACACGCAUUCAGCGGUCGUCGCCCCGUCUCUGUGACGUCACGGCUCGUGCACAUCUUCAGCUUGCGUCGCAGAGCCGAUCGACACUGAGAGAAGAGAUCAAAUAUCCAUGAAGUAUACCACAGUUGUUGCAUGAUAAAUUGCUUAUGCAUGCACUUAACUAUGCAAGCAGAUUCUUGCUAAUGGCCACACUGAGUAUGUAGAGUAUGCGCUACUCUUGGAUGUGUAUAUAUUUCUAACUGUAUAUUUUUCCAAAUGCCGGCAUCAGAGAGCACGUUAAGGCAUCCUUUAUUAAAGCUUCGUUUGCACAUUUCUUCAAAGUAAUACACAUUUUUGUAUGAAUGAUAAGUAUUGCUCAUUCGCCCGCUUUCAAGUAAAUCGACUCACUUGCAAAUGAUUGUCGCGCCGUUGUAUUCAUUUGUCUCACGCUGUUCCUCCACAACGUUUCCACCUUUUCUGCGCCUUCCGACGGGAGUUUUUCUGGCGACAAAACGUCGGUGAAGUUUACAACUUGUGCUCUGUCCUUCGUUCAUCUUUUGGAAGGCAGCCGUGUUUCACUGCGCAGCGGACGACGGACCCACGCCGAGGACGUUCCGGACGCGCCGCCGCCGCCGCGCUCGGCCCUUCAUGAGCGCGCGGGCCUCACGUGCACUAUUCUGUCCUUCACGCGGGUUUAUAUUUCGUUCUUGAACCGUGGGAGCGAACCUCGGUCUUGUCUCUGUGACCGCGGACAUCCGAAUUCUGAAUGCGUGGAUGUCAGUGUCAGUGUGGACACCACACAGUAUGAAACACGAGGACCCGACUAACGGAUGUGUGGGUUUAACAAGAUACUUCGAGCAGAGAUUCAUUCUCACAAAUGCAUGAGAAUGAUCAGACCUUUAUACUUUUCCAUCCGUUUUCUGCGAUGUGGUGUUUGACAUGUACCGUGUGUAUCUGUCCGUGGAGUAGCAGUGUCCAUUUAACAAUGCGAGACAAACAAACUAAAUAAAAAUAUGCCAUGUUUUUUCACAUGA